AAAAACAUGAAGAGCGGAGUUUGAGCAACUCUAUGACUUUUGUCUGAAGCUGUCAAGCUUACUACUACUCGUACUCUCUUGGCGCUUCAUUCUCAAUUUCAAUCGUUUUCAACUUUACCCUUUUCACAAAAACAAAAAUCACAUAUCGAUUUAUCGAAAUCUAAUCUCUCUGUUCCUAUAAACCCUAACAGACAUGGAGUUUGAUAAUGACGGGGCUUCCGAUCUUCCACCGGUGGCACCCGAAGGAUCCGGCGACGGUUUACCUUAUGCACCAGAAAAUUUUCCGAACCCCGGCGACAUUUGGCGGUGGAAAGCUGGCCAGAGGAUUUCGUCCAACGGUAACUUUAGGGACCGGUAUCUGUAUCUUCCUCGGCGUAUUGCUGCCUCUCACCGCGGUGGAUUCAAAAGCAAGCUUGCUGUUGAACGCUACGUCAAAGAAUUCUUCCCUGACGCUAGUCUUGUUGAUUUCUUUGCUUCUUUCAGCUGGAGCAUUCCCUCUGGUCUUCCUGGCAAUAUGAAUCCUGUUGCUGCAGCUGAUGGACUUCUUCGUCAGUUAGAAUUGAAACAGCAGCCUGAAUCUGAUUCCGACAUUGGUGGAUGCAAAGCUGGGAAUAAGACCUGCAGCAGUUUGAUUUCGGAACAAGAAAAAGAAAACUCACCAUUUGCUCCGUGUGAUAUCUGCUGCGUUGAAUCGAGAUUUUGCCGUGAAUGUUGCUGCAUUCUCUGCUACAAAUCAGUUGAUUCAGCUUAUGGCGGCUAUAGCUAUAUCAUGUGCAAAAAAGAACUAGGCGAUAAUAUUUGCGGCCAUGUUUGUCAUCUGGAGUGCGCUCUUCGAUCUUAUUCGGCUGGUACUGUUGGAGGAGAGAUUGGAUUGGACGCUGAGUAUUUCUGUUGGCGCUGUGAUGGGAGGACUGAACUGAUUGCUCAUGCAAAUAAGCUUCUACAAACUUGUGAAGCUAUCCAUGCUGAUGAUGAUGCUACAAAAGAAAAAAUUCUAGGGCUUGGCAUUUGUCUCUUGCGCGGUUCAGAGAAAACCGCUGCAAAGGAGCUUAUGAGCCUUAUUACAUUGGCCAUGUCAAAGCUUAAACAUGAUGGGACUAAUACUGAAGAUAUCCUGAAUGUUGAUGCCAAAAUUACUGCUAAUUCUUCAGGUUCUUCCGGUAACGGCAAUGCUGCGAUGGAUACUUCAGAUGACGAAGGUCCUGUAAAGAAUUUAAAUGUUCAAAAAGGAACAAAAUCUUUUAAUUAUCAAUCUGAAUUAUUAAAACUUGAUGCUGAGUUUGAUAAGGCUAUGGAGGAUCUGGAAAAAUCUCAAAAGUAUGAAUAUAAGCUGGCAGAGGAAAGCCUUCAUACACAAAAGGAUUAUUUACUAAAUAUUUCUCAGCAACUCGAUGAACAGAAGUCUGAGUUAGCAGCAGGUCCAUCUCAUUCAAGUACCUUGCUUCAAAUUGUUGAGGAAAGAAAUGAACAAUUAAGGCAGGAACUGAAGAAAUUUGAAGAAAUGAAGAAGGUGGCUAAUGGUUUUGGCAGCACAUCCAAAGAAAUUUUAGAAAAGCAUUUUGGCUUGUAAAUUGCAUUCUAAAAUGAAAGAUUUAUAGUGAUUACAGACAAGGGUUGAAUAAAUUGCCUAUGGGCCAUGGCAAUAGUUUUUAAAUACUAUGUAGGAACUAAUUCCUACAAAAACUGCCUGAAUUUGUUUAUUUUAGUUACAAUGGAUUAUCUUUUGAGACUCAAGUUCACCAUUUAUACCACCAAGUCUCUAUCUGAUAUAGCCUCUUAAAAAUAGGCUAUAUUAUGUUUGUGGUCCUUUUUAUUGGACUUCUUUUAUGCUCUGUUAAAUACUGGCGUGGAAAUGACUGGUUUGGUUGAAAGUAGUAUGAUGAUUGUUGUGAUAGAGGCAUGAAUGAAGGUGGCCAUUAAAUGGCACAAAACUUCUCCCUGUCUAGCAAGGUUGGAGAGAAAUUAAUAAAACAAAAAAUUUGUUUU